AAUGUAUUGUACCUACCCAGUGCGUAAGGUAAAGCCGUAAGGUGUAUAGAACUGUGGAAGCGUGUAAGUAGAUUGAUUUGUUGAUAAUAAAAGUGCAACUGAGGCCACUGCAGAGUAUAGCAGAGAUUAGCACGUUAGCAGAAGAGACACACAACGCCCAGCAAAAAAAAAUCACAAGAUACUCUGCAGAGUGCAUUGCAGCAAAUUAACUAGUGCGUAAAAUUAUAAGUAUACAUCAGCACUAGCAGUGUGAAUAAUCAAAGGCAAAGCCGAGGGGAGAGAAACAUCGAGCGUCCGUUUGAUUCUGUGUUUCGUUGAUUGUUACAUGAAGCAGAAGAACAAGUGACAGAUUAAAAAAUGUCGGAUCACUUUGGGACAAUAACCCUGAAAUGGGAUCCCAAGAACUUGGAGAUACGCACCAUGUCGGUGGAGAAGACAUUGGAGCCACUCGUGCUUCAAGUGACAACGCUUGUCAACACGAAAGGCCCUAGCAAGAAGAAGAAAGGCAAAUCCAAGAGAGCCAGUGCUCUGGUAGCUGCAGUGGAGAAGGCGACGAUCAACUUCAUCGAAAGAGGAGAGCAGAUAGCCUAUGAGAAUCCCGACAUCACUGCUGAGAUGUUGAGUGCCGUCGACGAAGUCAGGAAAACCGGUUCUGCUAUGAGUAUUGCAGCCAGAGAAUUCUCUGAGGAUCCAUGCUCAUCUCUCAAAAGGGGUAAUAUGGUUCGUGCAGCCAGGAAUCUUCUCUCAGCCGUGACGCGUUUGCUCAUACUCGCCGACAUGGUCGACGUCCAUCUGCUCCUAAAGUCCCUCAAUGUUGUGCAAGGUGACCUCGACAAGUUGAAAAAUGCCUCUUCUCAGAGCGAGCUUUUGGAAAACAUCAAGCAAUUCGGCAGAAACGCGUCCGAGUUGAUCAAUCAGGCAGCUAAGCGCCAACAAGAAUUAAAGGAUCCCCAGCUCCGUGACGAUUUGGCUGCUGCUCGAGCUGUUCUUAAAAAGCACUCUACCAUGUUGUUGACUGCGUCAAAGGUGUAUGUGCGACACCCUGAGCUUGCUGCUGCCAAAGCUAAUCGGGAUUACGUGCUGAAACAGGUAUGCGAAGCAGUGCACACAAUAAAUGAUGUAGCUCAGGGCAAGAUGCCAGGAGAGAACCAACACCCGUACGACGGUCCGGGCGAGUUGGCAGCUGCUCUAGAUGAUUUCGAUGAGCGAAUGGUCAUGUCACCGCUGGCCUACAACGAAGUUCGCACUCGCCCCAGUCUUGAGGAACGUCUCGAGAGUAUCAUCAGCGGUGCAGCUCUUAUGGCCGACUCGUCGUGCACGCGUGAUGAGCGCCGAGAGCGUAUCGUUGCCGAGUGCAAUGCCGUACGCCAAGCGCUCCAAGAUUUGCUCAGCGAGUACAUGAACAACUUGCAACUGGCUCGUGUUGGUAAAAGGAUCGGAGUAAAAGAACAGUCAGAAGGCCUGGAGCGAGCCAUCGACCACAUGUGCCGCAAGACCAGAGACCUACGGAGGCAGUUGCGCAAGGCCGUCGUCGAUCACGUGUCCGACAGUUUCCUGGAGACUAGCGUGCCCUUGCUAGUCCUCAUCGAGGCUGCUCGCAACGGCCAAGACAAACAAGUCGAGGACUACGCCCAAGUAUUCACCGAGCACGCUAAUAAGUUGGUCGAGGUAGCAAAUCUGGUGUGCAGCAUGUCGGGCAACGAGGACGGCGUGAAAAUGGUACGCUAUGCCGCUGCCCAGAUCGAAAACCUCUGCCCGCAAGUGAUUAACGCAGCUCGGGUCCUCGCGGCGCGGCCGCGCUCCAAGGUAGCCCAGGACAACAUGGAGGUCUUCCGACAGGCUUGGGAGAACCAGGUGCGCGUCUUGACAGAGGCCGUGGACGACAUAACGACGAUCGACGACUUCCUGGCCGUGUCGGAGAACCACAUACUCGAGGACGUGAACAAGUGCGUGCUGGCGCUGCAGGAGGGUGACGCCGACGCCCUCGACCGUACCGCUGGAGCGAUCAGAGGUAGAUCCGCGAGGGUUUGCAACGUCGUCAAUGCCGAGAUGGACAAUUACGAGCCGUGCAUUUACACUAAGAGGGUGCUCGAGGCUGUUAAAGUGCUCAAGGAGCAGGUCAUGCCGAAGUUUGCGCAGAGAGUCGAAGUUGCGGUCGACGCGCUAGGCAGCAGUCCACCCAAGGAUGUCGACGAGAACGACUUUAUCGACGCCUCCAGGCUGGUUUACGAUGGCGUCAGGGAAAUCAGACGGGCUGUGCUCAUGAACAGGGCGGAUGAAGAUCUAGAUCCGGAGGAUGUGGAGCUGGACGAGCACUACACGCUUGAGACGCGCAGCAAAUCCAGCGCCCAGACGGGCGAGCACGGAGUCGACGAGUACCCGGAGAUAAGUGGUAUCACGACGGCCCGUGAGGCCAUGCGCAAGAUGACCGAGGAAGACAAGCAAAAGAUCUUACAGCAGGUCGAGUUCUUUAAGAGCGAGAAACUGAAAUUCGACCGCGAGGUGGCCAAGUGGGACGACGCGGGCAAUGACAUCAUAGUUCUCGCAAAGCACAUGUGCAUGAUCAUGAUGGAGAUGACGGACUUUACGCGCGGCCGUGGUCCGCUCAAAACCACCAUGGACGUGAUCAACGCUGCCAAGAAGAUUUCCGAGUACGGGACGAAACUCGACAAGCUCACGAGACAGAUCGCCGACCAGUGUCCCGAGAGCUCGACCAAGAAGGAUUUACUCGCCUACCUACAACGAAUCGCGCUCUACUGCCACCAGAUGAACAUCACCAGCAAAGUCAAGGCCGACGUGCAGAACAUCAGUGGUGAGCUCAUCGUUUCCGGACUGGACAGUGCCACCUCGCUCAUACAGGCGGCCAAGAAUCUCAUGAACGCAGUCGUGCUCACCGUCAAGGCGUCUUAUGUCGCCAGCACCAAAUACCCCAGACAAUCCACUGUUGCGUAUUCCCCGAUUGUCGUGUGGAAGAUGAAGGCGCCCGAGAAGAAGCCACUCGUGCGACCGGAGCGACCAGAGGAGGUUCGUGCCAAAGUGCGCAAGGGCUCGCAGAAAAAGGUCCAGAAUCCAAUCCACGCGCUCUCUGAGUUCCAGAGCCCCACCGAAAGUGUCUAAGUCACUUGGCGAACGAUCAUUUGUCCUGUCCUCUCGUUAUUGCAGCUCUUCCAUUUUCAUGACACCGUUUUGCUGUUCGAGGAGGUGGCGACUUUUUUUCUCCCUGUAUACUAGGCUGAUUUCUAAAAUAGCCCCUAUACGCUGUAAAAGCAAUCGUUCAGGCUGACCUAUUUGUAGGCACCUCAUCCAUCUCACGAUAAAUCAAUGUCUUUUAUAUAAAUUUUGAGGAACAAAAAAGCCAUCUUUACUGCCAUCUACAUGAUUAACGAAUUUAAUAAUGGUAAAUUUAUCGCUUUGUUUUUCAAAGUGAACUCGCUAUUUUUCGUGUACGACCAUUAAGUUUGUACAUGAUGAAACAUGAUUGACACUGAAAUAUCGUCGAUCCACCCCAUAAACUGUUUAUUACAUCACAGGUGAUCAUACGAUGGCCAAGUUACAUUUUUUGAGAAACAGGAUGUAUAAGUUUACGUCACAUACGCACGUCGGAUGAGAUAAUAAUGAAAGAGAGCAAAAAUAGAGGAAGAGAAACGAAAUGAGGCAGUAUUGAAUUUUUUUUUUUAUGACAAAAAGAGACUGCCAAUCAUAUUUACAGGUACACAAAGAGAGUAUUGAAUAAAAAGCCGACUGUAUAUAAGUUGAUGUGUACUUUAUAUUUAUGGCUGAGGAUUCAUUUUUGAUGUCUUUUUGAUAUUAAAGUGUACGACUGAGAGCGAAUAAUAUAUAUUAUAUAUAUGGUACCGACAUCUUUGGCACGGAUAGUGUUUAUAUAUACAUACGUGUAAACGCUUGUAUUUAAGAUUCGCUAAAGUGCGAAUA